CUUCAAAGGGACCAUCCUCGAGUUUAGAGCAUUUUAUUUCUGGUUUUCGUUUGCGUUCGCGAGUUGAAGAAAAAGGUGCCCUUUCUCCUCUUUCACAGGUUCCGAGAAGGAAUCCAGUGUUAGGGUUUCCAAUUCCGCUUAUUCUCCACCCAGCGAUCAGCUUCGAUUCGACGGUGGAGCCCUCGGCGCUGAUGAUAUUGCUCCAGGUUUCUCAGAUAUGAGAGCGCCGGAGCAACUGCUCGCCGCGAUGUCCCUCGCGGCCGCGCCGCCGGGGCUACCAAUGGUCACCGACCAGGGUCCGGCACCCUCCCCCUCGUGGUUCGUGGGUUGCCAUGGGCCCUUGUACAACUUCGCGUUGAUCGUCCCCUCCGCCCUAUUCGUAGCUUACCUCGCUUCCCUGGCGAGGAGGAGCUUCGCUAAGCUCACGUCCGGUCAGUCUUAUCUGAUGGUUGCCUACUACGCGCUCCUGUGGCUUGUCAGCCUGCUCAAUCUCUUAUGGUGCCUAGUCCAGGUGUGGCAGUGUACUUCUGCAAAGGAAUCUUCAUGGAAUAUAUUAUCUUUGUUUGCGGAAACUGGGUUGUUAUUCAUGGAAAUAAGCUUGCUGGCGUUUCUGCUUCAAGGAAAUCAUGCAGGUGGAUUGGAUGUUUUGACACGUACAUUUGUAGUGUCUGGAGUAAUUGUUGCAGCUGAUACACUACUGAAGACUAUCUACAUAUAUGGAUUUAGGGUUCCUCUAUUUGCAGACAGCAACGACAAAGAAAAUCGUGCAAGAUGGAGUUUGUGGAUUGUCCAUAAGCUGUUGCUUACUGCAGUCUAUGGAUUCAUCUUCUUCAUGCAUCAAUCAAAGUGGAGAGAAAGAUUACCUGCAAGACCAUCAUUCUACAAGUAUGUUUGUGCUAUGCUGUUGCUGAAUACAAUGUCCCUGUUUGGCUGCCUGUUUGCUGCAAAUGGAUCUGGAUUUGGAAUAUGGUUGUUCAAUCUGACAACUGUAUGCUACCACUCCCUUUAUCUUCCCCUUUUAUAUGUCGUCUUCCUGGCAGAUUUUUUCCAGGAAGAAGAUAUGCGUUUGGAGAAUGUGUACUACUCUGAAAUGAAGGACGCUGGUUUCUUUGACGACGAUUGGGAUUAAUACAUCAGGCAUAGGUUCCGAGCCGAACACUGUAGUUUUGUAAAUUCACUGGAUAACACAAUACAAAACUCAAAACUUCAUGAAUUUCAAGCAUUUGUAUGACACAUUUGAUAUUCCAAUAUAAUCUUUGCAAAUC